UAUGAAGAGACUGGCCAAAGUGCAAAAGGAUAUUGACAGGAGUUUUGGGCCUUUAACACCAAGGGCUACUGAAGUGUUUGAUGAAAUCAAGAAAGAAGCUUCAAAGUAUAAUGCAACCUUUAAUGGAGAUAGCAAGUUUGAAGUAGUUGGUCCAUGGAUGGAUCAACAUGUGGUUGAUUUAGAUAAGAAGACAUGUUCAUGCAGGAGGUGGGAGUUGACUGGGAUGCCAUGUAAGCAUGUUGUGGCCUUUAUAUUCAAUACUGCAGACAAUGAAGGUACCAUACAAAGCCCAGAGUCAUUUGUUAAUCAUGUUUAUUGGCUGCAAACUUGGAAAAGAAUGUAUAGUUUUAAGAUUAAUCCAGUUAGAGGAAGACUGCAUUGGCCUAAGUCUAAAUGGCUCAUAACAAUUACACCACCCAAGCAUAAGAAUCCAAUUGGAAGACCUAAGAAGAAGAGAAGGCAGAGUGCUGUUGAUCUACAAAUAAUUAAGGAAGACAGGAUAUCAAGGGCCGGUGCAAAGCUUAAGUGUGGAAUUUGCAAAACUGAUGGUCACAACAAGAGAACAUGUCCUAAGAAGCCCAUAACUUCAAAGAAUGGUGGUUCCGGGUGGUGGUAAAAAGACAACUUCAACUUCCCAAGCUAGUGGGUCUCAAGCUGGUGGAUCUCAAGCUGCUUCUCAAGCUGCUUCUUCUCAAGCUAUUUAGUUUGUCACUUAAACUGUUAUGCCACUUAAACAUUAGAUUGUGUUUUGCUGUUAAAAAUGCUGCCUUUUUGAUAUUAUGAUUGUGUUA